ACUAAACAUUAAAUAGUUAAACGACUUUUUGCUUGAAUAUAAAUUCAGUCCUAUUCUCGAAUUGAGAAAACCUUUUAUGAAAAGUUUGAAACAAAUGUUGAAUUUUCUAACUCUAGCCAAAAAUGAGAAGAAACCGAAAAACCGGUCCAUUUCGUGGUCGCAACUACUGCUGCCCUCCUAUAAGACCCGAUUAGUGGAGUUCCGCAAACUGUUCGCCAAAUCCGUGCCAAUCAAUGAGCGACUGAUCGCCGACUUCUCGUGCGCUCUCCAGAAGGAGAUCCUAAUCCAGGGCCGACUCUAUCUGUCCAUUAACUACAUCUCAUUUCACGCCAACAUCUUCGGCUGGGAGACAGUGGUGUCCAUCAAGUUCACGGACAUCCAGGCCAUCACCAAAGCCAACACCAUUCGGGUCAUUCCCAACGCCAUACAGAUUAUCACGACUACGGGCGCCAAAUAUAUAUUCACGUCGUUCGUGGCCAGGGAUAAGGCGUUCAAACGGAUCUACCGCUUAUGGCAGGACGUGAUGAUCGGCCAGAAGAUGUCGGUGUCCGAGGUGUGGCAACUCAUUCACUAUAAUUACGGCAACUAUUUAGGCGUUCCCUCCGAUUCCGAGGAAGAUGACGAGGAGUUAAGUGUAAUCACCAGAAACAACAUGAAUAUAGUGGAAGAGGAGUUGGACGACGAGGUUUUCAACGAUACAUCCCAUACCCAUCGACUUAGACAUAAGAAACGUGAAUCGAUCUCAUCAUUCCUGACGUGUCCGGAAUCGGAUCUCGAGGAACAACUCAACCAUUUAGACGCCUUCGGCGGUGAUAUUUACGAUAAUAAUAACAAUAAUAGCAAUAAUAACUCACAUUUCAUACCAAAACUAAUCAAAAUAACUUACCACUCGUUUAGUACGGAAUACAGAAUAUUCUAA